UAAUCUAUACUCAAAGCCUCUAAUGACUUGAAAAAGAAAAAGAAAAAGAAAAAGAAAAAUUGCUUUACCGUCUUGUUAAUCCUGAAAAUAUGGUAAACGAAAACACCUGAAACUUUUGGCCAGUUCCAGCUCUGACCAAUAACCCCACGAGCCUUACUUUCGUAACUCGACUCACAUGUUCCCCAUAAACCCUAGGCUCUCUAUCUCCUUUCUCUCUCUCACAAUUCAAAUUCGUUCUCUCGUUCAUGCUAACCCUAACUAAUAUGCAUAACGAUUCGCAGUUCUGCUGAUCUAUUUGCCCAUUGGCACCUGAAAAUGUUGCACUCCACUUCGGUGGUGGUGGUUCUCGUUCUUCUUGUGCUAGUGAACGAUGUGGAUUCGCAUUCGUCGACCGGUCCGCACAUAGCAGUUGUGAAUAUACUACUGCCUCCGAGAAUGACUAAUCCAGUGGAGUACAGACUUCAAGGAAGUGAUGGUUGCUUCAAAUGGUCAUGGGAUCAUCAUGAUGUUUUAAAUGUUCUACCCGAAUACAAUUCAAGUAGUCACUGCUCGACAAGUGCCAGGUUGAGGUCAAUUGCCCCAUAUAGUGGUCGAAAGGAGACUGCUGUCUAUGCCACUGAUGUACACACUGGGAUGUUAAUUCGUUGCAAAGUUUACAUAGAUAACUUCUCCAGGAUCCAGAUAUUUCAUAACUCCAUUAAACUCGACUUAGAUGGGCUUGCUACUCUCCGUGUCCUUGCUUUUGAUGCUGAAGAAAAUGUGUUUUCAUCAUUAGUGGGCUUAAAAUUCGCGUGGCAACUUAUGCCUGAAACUGAUGGAUUGCCUCAUCACCUUGCCCAUGUUCCUUUAAAGGAGUCUCCCCUAAGUGACUGUGGUGGAUUAUGUGGUGAUCUAGAUGUCCAAAAAAGUCUUGAAGAUAGUGGUGUAUUCUCUGAUCUGUAUGUUGUUAAAGGAAUUGGAAUCGGCCACGAGAUUGUUUCUGUGCAUUUGCUUGAGCCACAAGUUGGACACAUGGCAGAUAAGAUUGUUUUAACUGUAGCUGAGGCCAUGUUUCUUGAUCCUCCCUCACCUGUUUUUGUUCUCAUUGGCGCUACUGUCCGUUAUAGUCUUAAUAUUAUUCGUGGGAAUAUUCCUCAAGUGGUAACGUUACCAUCUCCAUUUCAUCGAUGGUCUGUUUUGAACUCUUCGGUUGCUCAGGUGGACACGGUGAUGGGUUUAGCUUAUGCACUUAGCUUAGGGGUGACAACUAUCACUGUUGAAGACACCAGGGUUGUUGGUCACAUACAAAUGUCAUCUCUUCAUGUUGUCCUGCCAGAUACGUUAUGUUUGUACAUAUUACCUUUGUCUAUGUCUGGAGAUCCUGUUGAGGGGAUACAACCUAUUCCAUCUGUGUCACGUUGGUAUCUUGUUUCUGGCAGACAAUAUCUUAUUCAAACUAAGGUUUUUACACAAGGAAUUGGUGCACAAGAGAUCUAUAUUACAGAGGGUGAUGAUGUUAAGCUGCAUGACAACCUGUCUGAAUACUGGAAUACUUUCCCGGUUUCAGAUGAUGCUUUUGUCAAACAUGGGUGGUGGAAUUCUAGAAUCGUGAAAGCAACUUCAUGUGGCCUAGGAAAACUGAUAGCAACUCUAACUUAUAGUAGUGGGCAUCCUGAAACAAAGGAGGUUCUCAAAAUUGUGCAAGAAGUCAGGGUAUGCAAUCAAGUCAUGUUCAGCAUGGACAAAAACAUUGAUUUAUCUCAAAGUAUUCUUCUUCCCUGGGUCCCUGCUAUCUAUCAGGAGGCGGAGCUAAAGGCAGCAGGAGGUUGUGCGAAAGCAUCGAGUGACUAUAAAUGGUUUUCAACAGACAUGGCUACUGUAUCUGUAUCUGCUUCUGGGCUUGUCCAGGCAAAAAAGCCUGGUAAAGCUACUAUCAAAGUAGUAUCGAUUUUCGAUCCAUUAAAUUACGAUGAGGUGGUUGUUGAGGUUUUAAUUCCUUCAUCUAUGGUUAUACUGCCAAACUUCCCUGUAGAGACUGUUGUAGGUUCACAUCUUCAAGCUGCUGUGACAAUGAAAGCAUCAAAUGGUGCCCACUUUUACAGAUGUGAUGCUUUUAGUUCAUCCAUAAGGUGGAAAGUCGGAAGUGAGUCUUUCACAAUUGUCAAUGCAACUGGGGAGUCAUUUGUUUUGGACAAUCUAUAUGAACCUCCAUGUGCAUGGACUUAUGUAUAUGCUUCGCAUUCUGGCCGCACUAUGUUGUACGCCUCACUGUCUAAAGAAUAUCAACACGUUGAUCAUUCUUUUGUUGGACCUAUUGUUUUAAAAGCAUCCUCGCGUAUUGCAGCAUAUUCACCGCUCAUUGUGCAUCAGGCUAGUGAUGGAAACCAAUUUGGUGGUUACUGGUUUGAUAUGGUUCAAGCUGAAGCCCAUAAUCAGCUUGUAAAUUUGGAUGAUUUAAAUCUUGUCCCAGGAACACAAUUAGAUGUUAUGCUUCGUGGAGGACCAGAGCGGUGGGACCAAGGUGUUGAUUUCAUUGACACUAGAGAAAUUUUAGGUGAAGAGAAUACUCAUCUUAAAGAUGGAGUUGUUGUCCAUCAAAUAUCUACCAGCUAUGGGAGUCCCUAUAGAAUUUUAUGCCAAACACUAGGAAUUUUUAAAGUUGUUUUCAAACGUGGAAAUUUUGUUGGAGAUGAUCACCCUCUGCCUGCUGUAGCAGAAGUGCAGUUGUCUCUUACAUGUAGCUUUCCUACAUCAAUUGUACUACUAGCUGAUGAACCUGUGAAUACACUUGAUCUUAUAUGGAGUGCAAGUCAAGCUGUCCGCGGUCCAGGGCAAAUGCGUGCCACUCCUAUUACUGUUGCAAAUGGGCGUACUAUUCGAAUAUCUGCAGUUGGCAUUAGUAACUCUAGAAAAGUUUUUGGAAACUCAUCCUCUCUCCAUUUGAGGUGGGAACUUAGCAAUUGCGACGGGUUGGCAUCUUGGGAUGAUGCGUAUGAUUUAGCAACUUUCAAAUCCAGCUGGGAGAGGUUUUUAAUCUUGCAAAAUGCAUCUGGACUGUGCAUUGUUCGUGCUACUGUCAUUGGGUUUCCUGAUAGCACGAGAGGCCAUCAUUAUACUGCACAAUUUGAGAGUUUACAGAGUAUUCUUACAGAUGCUAUACAGUUACAGCUAGUUUCCACUUUAAAAGUCGACCCAGAGUUCAACCUGUUAUUUUUCAGUCGUGAUGCUCGGUUAAAUCUCUCGAUUACUGGAGGGAGUUGUUUUGUAAAUGCUACGGUGAAUAAUUCUCAAGUUGUAGAAGUAAUUCGACCCCCACCAGAUUUACAGUGCUCACAACUAAUGCUGGCUCCAAAAGGCUUGGGGACUGCACUUGUUACAGUUUAUGAUAUUGGGCUUUCUCCUCCAAUUGCUGCUUCUGCGGUGGUUAAAGUUGCUGGAGUGGACUGGAUUAAGAUUAUGUCACAAGAAGAGAUAAGCCUUAUGGAAGGAAGCUUGCACUGUUUUGAUUUGUUGGCUGGGAUUAAUGAUGGAAGUACUUUUGACCCUUCUCAGUACAUUUAUAUGAAUAUUCGUGUGCAUAUUGAGGAUAUACUUGAGCUUGUAGAUGGUGAUGAUCUCCCAAGUCCUUUUGAUGGGUAUUUGAAGGCACCAAAUUUCAUGAUCCGUGCUAGACAUCUUGGGAUUGCCACUCUUUAUGUCAGUGCUCAAGAGCAAUCUGGACAUGAAAUAUUGAGUCAACCAAUUAAGGUGGAGGUCUAUGCACCACCAAGAAUGUAUCCUGAUGAUAUUUUCCUUGUACCAGGUGCAUCUUAUGUGCUUACAAUGAGAGGAGGCCCAACUAUUGGUGCACAUGUUGUGUUUGCCAGUAUGGAUGACAGCACUGCAACCAUCCACAAGUCUUCAGGACGACUAUCUGCAGUUUCACUGGGAAACACUACUCUAGUUGCCACUGUUUAUGGAAGUGGAGAUACCAUCGUUUGUCAGGCAUAUGGCAGAGUUAAGGUUGGCAUCCCUUCUUCUGUGAUAUUGAACACACAGAGUGACCAGCUUGCUGUUGGUCGUGAGAUGCCAAUAUAUCCUUCUUUUUCUGAGGGUAAUUUGUUUUCCUUUUAUGAGCUCUGCAAAAAUUACAACUGGACUAUAGAAGAUGAAAAGGUGUUGAGUUUUCAAGUUGCAGCGCAGUCACAUGGUGACAAGUAUGCAGUUCCAUCUGCUGGUCACAGGAAAAUUAAAUCUACCAGCUAUCUGGAUGAGAAAAACAUUGGUUUUGUUGAAGUGUUUUAUGGAAGAUCUGCCGGCAGAACAGAUGUUGCGGUUUCGUUCUCUUGUGAUUUUCUCUCUUCUGGUUCAUUCUCACAAUCAACAUCUUACAGUGCAUCUAUAUCUUUAUGGGUGGUCUCUGAUCUCCCUCUUGCACUUGGAGCACCGAUGACCUGGAUCCUUCCUUCUCAUUAUACCACAUCAAGUCUUUUGCCUUCAUCUUCUAAUUCGAUCAGCCAAUGGGAUACUCAGAGACGGAAAGGAACAAUUACUUAUUCUGUGCUGAAAGAAUGCGGUGGAAGGAAUGAAGAGGUGCAGAAGGAUGCUAUAUCCAUUGAUGGGGAUAGGAUAAAAACAUUGGAGAGUGACAAUCUUGCAUGCAUUCAGGCAAAGGAUAAGUCAACUGGGAGAAUCGAGGUUGCUUCUUGUGUUAGGGUUGCGGAGGUGGCUCAAAUUAGAAUAACGUCCAAGGAAUUUCCCUUUCACAAUGUUGAUCUUGCCGUUGGUGCUGAACUCGAUCUUCCCAUAAACUAUUGUGAUGUUCUAGGGAACCCUUUCCAUGAGGCUCAUAACAUAAUUCUUUUUGAUGUUCAAACUAACUAUCCUGAUGUUGUCUCAAUUAAUGACACACACGAUGGGAAUGGAUUUAUUCAUAUCAAGGCAAUGCGCCAUGGUAGAGCUCUCCUGCAAAUAUCAUUCAACAGUAAUCUGCAGAAGUCGGACUAUAUGAUGAUAUCAGUUGGUGCUCGUUUAUAUCCUCAGAAUCCAGUUGUCCACAUCGGAAGUCAUCUUAAUUUCAUCAUGGAAGGAUUAAAGGAUCAAGUAUUUGGCCAGUGGUUGAGUGCCAAUGAAAGCAUCAUAUUACUAGACAUGCUAUCGGGAAAAGCUAAAGCCGUUGGGGAAGGUACUACUCAAGUAAUCUUUGAAGGUUCAGAUUUAAAACUUCAAACAGAGGUUACAGUGUCAAACGGGAAUAUUGUGUUGGUUGAUGCUCCAAAGGAGACUUUAACAAAUGUUCCAUUCCCAGUAAAAGGAUAUGGCUUCCCUGUAAAGUUCAGUGAUGACUACCACAAGUAUGAAGCUCCUGGGAACAUGGAAAUCCUGUUUGACUGUAAGGUGGACCCUCCUUUUGUUGGGUAUGCAAAACCAUGGAGGGAUCUUGACACAGAAAAUUCAUAUUGCAUCUUCUUCCCCUACUCUCCGGAGCACUUGGUACGUUCCAUUCCCAAGUCGGAAAGCAUGGGACAGGCUAUAUCUAUUUCUGUCAAUGCUUCACUGAGAGAAGCCAGCCACAUAUCUGGAUGUGCAUCUGCUCUUUUUAUUGGAGGUUUUUCCAUUCUGGGUAUGGACAAGAAUCUAUUGCAGUUAAAUCUAACUCCAGAGUCUAACAAGAGUAUCAUCACCAUUGUUGGCAACACUGAUGUUGUAGUCCACUGGCAUGGCCAGGAUCAACUAAUGAUCAGUCCCAUCCAUAGAGAAGAUUUUGGAAUAGGAGGGCGUGCACAAUAUGAGGUGAAAAUGCUUGAAGAUAAAAGAUUCAAAACUAAAGUCAUCAUCAUACUCCCAGCAAAUGGUCAGAGAGCGGAAGUUGAUGUUAACUAUGAACCUGGACAAAGAACCGCAAUAGCAACAACAUCAAAUUUUAUUUACUGGGCCGCUAUAUUCACCUGUUUUGCCGUGUUGAUAUCGACAGUGAUCCUCUUCACAUGUUCCCUCGGGAGAACAAAUAGACCUCCGACAGACAUCUCCCCUGCCACCCCAACCCGGACAGCACCAGUUACGCCUAUUCGUAGCAGUCCAACUGUUGUAAAUGAACAGUCUCCUCGGACACCUCAGCCUUACAUAGAGUACGUGAGGAGGACAAUAGAUGAAACUCCAUACCUCAGGCGACAAGGUAGGAGGAUUAAUCCACAGAAUACUUUCUAGAUUCAUGGAGCAGCAUUUUGUAGUGCAUCUGUAUAUCUGUAUCAUCUAGAGAUCGAAAAAAAAAAAAAACAACUCCCUCCUCAAAAGUCAGAAGGGUGUAUCAUUUAACAGCAGGUGCUCUGAACCUAACAUUGUACCUAUAUCCAAAUUUUGUUGUGUGUAUUGUAGUUUAGUUGAUCAUUACGAUAAAUGAAGAAAAUGAUGUUAGGUUUUAA